GGCAGGAAAAUAGAGGGGUUUCAUGCUGCUGCUGCAUCCUCUCCAAUGCGGGGAGUGUCCCUCUUUUGGCAGCUUGACUGUCCUUCUGCCUUCCUUUCUGAUCUCCUCGUCUUCUCGUUCCUGGGUGUCUUGUUGCCAGGAGCAGCGAUGACGCUACACUAAGGUUUUUUGGAAACAAAUCCCCAGCGGAGGACUGUAGGGAACAGCAGCGUUCAUGGAAUAUGAAACAAAGAGUGGCAGAGCUGGACCUGGCAACCCGACGUCUCCCAGGCACAGUGUGAGGAAAAACCUGGACUUUGAGCCCCUGUCCACCACCGCACUCAUACUGGAGGACAGACCUGCUAAUCUGCCUGCCAAGCCCGCCGAGGAGGCCCAGAAGCACCGACAGCAGUAUGAAGAGAUGGUGGCCCAGGCCAAGAAGAGAGGUGAGGAGUCCAGGUUCAGAGCAGGGGUGUCAAGCACACGGAAAACCAGCCCGCCAGAGGGUCCAAUCCGGCCCGUGGGAUGACUUUGC